GCUAUAAGUAAGACGCUAUGUCAGAGACGAACAGGGUCCAUUUUAAAAGUCCUGUUGAAGAUGAUACGUGUAGAACUUUUAGUUCUCUCUCUCCUAACAGUCUUAUCAGUGGUGAUGGGAGAUACCAUUGGCUACCUGGGAGAGUCUGUCACCUUAUCCUCUGGAGCCAAUCCAUCCUGGCACAUCACCAAGAUAACGUGGUCCAUAUACAACAACGACACCUGGAUCGCAACAUUCAGGAGCAGAAAUAGCAACACAGAAUGGUUCGGGAAGUUUAAGAGUCGACUGAGUCUCAACACCUCGUCUGGUGACUUGGAGAUCAGAGAUGUUCAGAGAGGAGAUGAACUGGUUUACUCUGUUCUCCUCACACACAGUCAGGGGGAGCAGCAGAUCAGUAAGGUACCGCUCACUGUGACAGAGCGUCUCGUUGAGCCUAGUGUUCAAAAGGUCUUCAGCGUUCUGAAGGACGGACACUGUGUGAUGGCUCUUCAGUGCUCCUCUUCAGUGAAGGACACCAGAUUUUCUUGGGAGCCAGAAGCUUCGUUUGACGGCUCCUUCUGGAGGGGGGGUCCCAAUGCCAACGUCUCUGUUGUCUGGGCGUCUUACAGCCCCAACAGAAAUGUCAUCUUCAUCUGUACUGCCAGCAACGGGCUCACUAACGCCUCUAAGGUUGUGAGGGAGAUAUGCCAAGAUGAACAGCCAAAGCCUGACGUGGUGGUGGAGGGGGAGAACCGCGUCCCCGGGAUCAUAAAAUUGCUCUUAGGAUUUCUGUUCGGAUGUCUUUUAACAUAUAUUUUCAGAGAGUCCCUCACAUGCUUAUCAAUCAGGUUCAACAAGAGUCGAAGCAUCAACAAGUUGUGUCCUACACUUUCGGGAGUUGAAAAAAACUCCAGCCUACCUAUAGAGAGGAGCUGAACAUCGGAGCUGUCAAACCAAAACUCCAGCCUACCUAUAGAGAGGAGCUGAACAUCGGAGCUGUCAAGCCAAAUUCCAGCCUACCUAUAGAGAGGAGUUGAACAUAGGAGCUGUCAAACCAAAACUCCAGCCGACCUAUAGAGAGGAGUUGAACAUCGUAGCUGUCAAACCAAAACUCCAGCCUCUGUCACAUGAUCUCAGUAUAUGCAACUUUUCAGGAAAGUUAGGAACUAAUAUGCACAGGCAGUUAGAAAAGCAAAGGCUAGCUUUUUCAGACUUUUCCAUCCUGUAGCAUAAACUCCAAAAAGUUCUGGGACACUGUAAAGUCCAUGGAGAAUAAGAGCACCUCCUCCCUGCUGCCCACUGCACUGAGGCUAGGAAACACUGUCACCACCGAUAAAUCUACGAUAAUCGAGAAUUUCAAGAAGCAUUUUUCUACGGCUGGCUCCAGGUUAUCUUUACGUCUUUGCUAGGUAAAUCCCCGCCUUAUCUCAGCUCACUGGUCACAAUAGCAGCACCCACCCGUAGCACACGCUGCAGCAGGUAUAUUUCACUGGUCACCCUCAAAGCCAACUCCUGCUUUGGCCGCCUUUCCUUCCAGUUCUCUGCUGCCAAUGACUGGAACAAAUUGCAAAAAUCCCUGAAGUAGGAGACUCAUAUCUCCCUCACUAACUUUAAGCAUCAGCUGUCAGAGCAGCUUACAGAUCAUUGCACUUGUACAUAGCCCAUCUGUAAAUAGCCCACCCAACUACCUCAUCCCCAUAUUGUUAUUUUUUCGUUGUUGCUCCUUUGUACACCAGUAUUUCUACUUGCACAUUCAUAUUCUACUCAUCUAUCACUCCAGUGUUUAAUUGCUAAAUUGUAAUUAUUUUGCCACUGUGGCCUAUAUAUUGUCUCACCUCCCUAAUCUUACUUCAUUUGCACACUAUUGUGUUAUUGACUGUACAUUUGUUUAUUCCAUGUGAAAUUCUGUGUUGUUUCUGUCGCACUGUUUUGCUUUAUCAUGGCCAGGUCUCAGUUGUAAAUGAGAACUUGUUCUCAACUGGCCUACCUGGUUAAAUAAAGGUGAAAUAAAUAAAACAUUUAUAAAAAUAAAUAUACACCUGUUCUGAAAGGCCCCAGAGUCUGCAACACCACUAAGCAAGGGGCACGACCAAGCAAGCGACACCAUGAAGACCAAGGAGCUCUCCAAACAGGUCAGAGACAAGUUGUGGAGAAGUACAGAUCAGGGUUGGGUUAUAAAAAAAUAUCAGAAACUUUGAACAUCCCGCGGAGCACCAUUAAAUACAUUAUUAAAAAAUGGAAAGAAUAUGCCACCACAAUAACCUUGCCAGAGAGUACCACCCACCAAAACUCAUAGACCAGGCAAGGAGGACAUUAAUCAGGAAAGCAAAGGCUAGCUUUUUCAAACAGAAAUUUGCAUUCUGUAGCACAAACUCCAAAAAGGGGAGACUCCCCAAACAUAUGGAAGAAGGUACUCUGGUCAGAUGAGACUAAAAUUGAGAUUUUUGGAGUGUGAAGCAUGGUGGUGGCAGCAUCAUGCUGUGGGGAUGUUUUUCAUCGGCAGGGCCUGGAAACUGGUCAGAAUUGAAGGAAUGAUGGAUGGUGCAAAGUACAGGGAAAUUCUUGAGGGAAACCUGUUUCAGUGUUCCAGAGAUUUGAGACUGGGGCGGAGGUUCACCUUCCAGCAGGACAAUGACCCUAAGUACACUACUAAAGCAACACUUGAGUGGUGAAAGGGGAAACAUUUUAAUGUCUUGGAAUGGCCUAGUCAAAGCCCAGACCUCAAUCCAAUUGAGAAUCUGUGAUAUGACUUAAAGAUUGUUGUACACCAGCGGAACCCAUCCAACUUGAAGGAGCUGGUGCAGUUUUUCCUUGAAGAAUGGGCAAAAAUCCCAGUGACUAGAUGUGCCAAGCUUAUAGAGACAUACCCCAAGAGACUUGCUGCAAAAGGUGGCUCUACAAAGUAUUGACUUUGGGGGGGGGGUGAAUAGUAAUGCACGCUCAAGUUUUCUAUUUUUUUGUUUCUCAAUAAAAAAUAUUUUGCAUAUUCAAAGUGGUAGGCAUGUUGUCUAAAUCAAAUGAUACAACCCCCCCC